UUCUCCAUGUCACUCAAAGAGAAACAGAGAGCUCAGCGAAAGUCCGGCGAAAGCUGCGGCUACGCCAGCACCUUCACCGGCUGAUUCUCCUCAAAACUCCCAUGGAAAGAAACACUUUCCUUUCGUUUCUCCCCUUGCUCCACCGUCGUUCUCGAAUACUUCGCCAACAAUCUCGGCGAGAAUUUUCGACAUUUCGGGGAAGUGUAUCAGGACUACUGCGAGGCAAUGAGCAAGCUUUCGCUGGAAAUAAUGGAGGUCCUCGGGAUGAGCCUUGGCGUCGGCAAAGCUCAUUUUCGUGAUUUCUUAAUUACUACCCUCCAUGCCGUCAUCGGCGGUGGAGGCCUGAUCGCCGGAACUCCGGCGUGGAGGGCCUUGCGAAGUGAAAGAUAUGUUGAUAAAAGUUGCGCGUCUCUUUACAAGGAACAGUUAUCAUAUCUUUGA